UGUGUGAGUUGCUCUCUCCUUUCCAAGCCAGGGGCCAGUCAGCUGGAUCUCAGGAGGAGACAGUUGGUCCUCAGUGCCAGAAAGAGCAAAGGCGACAAGAUCAGCCGCCUGUGCUAAACUGAGCUCAAACUUGACUGUUUUCUUUUCAACUUUUGGGAGACAGCAAGUUUUCCCAGAUGAAGGGGGUCCAUUUGUUUGUUGUGGGGGUCUACUUGCUGUUCUCCUGCAGGGCAGAAGAGGGGCUUAACUUCCCCACCUAUGAUGGCAAAGACCGAGUAGUCAGUCUCACAGAGAAGAACUUCAAGCAGAUCUCGAAGAAGUAUGACCUGCUCUGCCUUUACUACCAUGAACCCGUAUCUUCAGACAAAGUUGCACAGAAACAGUUCCAGAUGAAAGAAAUUGUGCUUGAGCUUGUGGCCCAGGUCCUGGAACAUAAAGACAUAGGCUUCAUGAUGGUAGAUGCCAAGAAAGAAGCCAAACUUGCCAAGAAACUAGGUUUUGAUGAAGAAGGAAGUUUGUAUAUUCUGAAGGGUGACCGCACAAUUGAGUUUGAUGGCGAGUUUGCAGCUGAUGUCUUGGUGGAGUUUAUCUUGGAUCUCAUUGAAGACCCAGUGGAGGUCAUCAACAACAAACUUGAAGUUCAAGCCUUUGAACGCAUUGAGGACCAGAUCAAACUCAUUGGCUUUUUCAAGAGUGAGGACUCAGAAUAUUACAAGGCAUUUGAAGAGGCAGCUGAACACUUUCAACCUUACAUCAAAUUUUUUGCUACUUUUGACAAAAGUGUCGCAAAGAAACUGUCUUUGAAGAUGAAUGAGGUAGACUUCUAUGAGCCAUUUAUGGAUGAGCCCAUACCCAUCCCUGACAAGCCUCACACAGAAGAGGAACUUGUGGAGUUUGUAAAGGAACACCAAAGACCCACUUUACGUCGCCUGCGCCCUGAAGAUAUGUUCGAAACAUGGGAGGAUGAUUUGAAUGGGAUCCACAUUGUGGCCUUUGCAGAAAGGAGUGACCCAGAUGGCUAUGAGUUCCUGGAAAUCCUGAAGCAGGUGGCCCGGGACAACACUGACAACCCGGACCUGAGUAUUGUGUGGAUCGACCCAGAUGACUUCCCACUGCUUGUUGCCUACUGGGAAAAGACUUUCAAGAUUGACCUCUUUAAACCACAGAUUGGGGUGGUGAAUGUGACAGAUGCUGACAGUGUGUGGAUGGAAAUUUCAGAUGAUGAUGACCUACCCACAGCUGAGGAGCUGGAAGACUGGAUUGAAGAUGUGCUUUCUGGAAAGAUAAACACUGAAGAUGAUGACAAUGAUGAUGAUGAUGAUGAUGAUGACAACGAUGACAAUGAUGACAAUUCUGAUGAAGACAAUGACAGUGAUGAUGAUGAUGAUGAUGAUGAUGAUGAAUAGUCCCAACUCCAAGUACAAGGUGGCAGCCAGCAGCCCUGACCCAUGCCCAGUCAACGUUUUUCCUUUAUCCAACAUCUCUCUUCUCACUCCCUUCUCAUCAGGAGAUGGACAGUUAAUUUAGCAAAUGCCUUUCUAAGUCCAAUGAUCACACUCAGUAAGGACAAGUGAGGGAAUUAUUCCCAUCCUGACUAUCUUAAUUGUCAUGAAAAAGCUCUUGUUCCUUGUCAGAUCCUCAGUGGUCAUGGCAGUGCCAGAAUCUGGCAGUCUAGGAAGAACAAUCGACUUACUUUUCCUCAAGUUUACUUGUUGUAUUUGACUUUAACAGUAGCAGAACCGACUGCUUGCCAAGGAAUGACCUUAUAAUCAGAGCCAAAGAAGAUAGAUAAUUAAUUUACCCAGUCCCCAUGCCCAGAUAACUAGUGAGGAUCCUUCCUCAAGCCAAGAGAAUCCCAUUUAGGGAGAACUCAGCCUUGGAAACAAGUCUAUAAAUCAGCUCCUUUUUUGGGUUCUAUGAAACUUAACUAUUUCAAAUAUACGUCAGACCACUAGGCAAACAAAGCCAAGUCUCUGAAUUGCUACUAAGAGGCCUUGAGACACAUGCUUACUGAUGUUAUCACCAUUUCUCAUAUAUUAGGCAGACUGGUUUUCUCUCUGAACUUCUCUCUAGAUGAUGUUUUAACACAUGUGAACAUGGGAGUUGGGGAGUGAGAAAGAAAAGGUUACUGACUUCUUCUGAUGGGUUGAAAUAUCUUGUUGGGCCAACUGGUUUCCUAGCCUGAGCUGGGACCUGGAUCCCCUAGUCUGGUGCUGCUAGUGACCCUUUCAAUUUAGACUAAAGGUUGGUUUAUUCAGAGGUCAGUUGGGUUCUAUGAAACUGAUCAAACUUGCCACUGAUCAACAUUUCCACAAACUGAUCAGGACACAAAUAUAGUUUAUAAAGAUGCCCUGAGGUACUGAAAGGAAAAAAAAAUCCCAAGUGCCUUCCAAACUACCUAAAAGUUAUUGUGCUGAGUAGUAUUAGUAGAGAGUGCAAUAUUAGAGUGUUCUAAUUUAUUUUCUCUUCUCAUGUAAAACAGGCAAAUUCUUUAUGAAUCGGGCAAUUCUUUUCUGGAAUAGUGGUAACUAAUUCUGUCAUUAAAUUCAUAUUUUGAAAUAUUGAGAAGAUCGUGCAAA